AUGCAGAUCUUCGUCAAGACCCUGACGGGUAAGACUAUCACCCUUGAGGUGGAGUCCUCCGACACCAUCGACAAUGUCAAGUCCAAGAUCCAGGACAAGGAGGGAAUCCCCCCGGACCAGCAGCGUCUGAUCUUCGCCGGCAAGCAGCUCGAGGACGGCCGUACUCUUUCGGACUACAACAUCCAGAAGGAGUCCACCCUGCACCUCGUGCUCCGCCUGCGUGGUGGUGGUAAGAAGCGCAAGAAGAAGGUCUACACCACCCCCAAGAAGAUCAAGCACAAGCGCAAGAAGACCAAGCUUGCCGUCCUCAAGUACUACAAGGUGGACGGCGAUGGCAAGAUCGAGCGUCUGCGCCGCGAGUGCCCCUCUCCCGAGUGCGGUGCCGGUAUCUUCAUGGCUGCUAUGCACAACCGCCAGUACUGCGGCAAGUGCCACCUCACCUACGUCUUCGACGAGUCCAAGUAA